ACGAAGUGCAAGAGGGACGAGUUCCAAGUGGCUUCCUUAGGAGGACUCAGCAGGGAAUUGAAUCUCGGGGUUCCGCUCGAAACGGAGAGUUUCCGGUCUCUCUACCCCUCCGCAGAAAAUAACUUCUGUAGGCGAGCUUGGGCUAGCGGCUUUUUCCCGGCGGCCUCUUGCGCUCUCCCGCGGCCUCGAGAGCGAUACUGUCUUUGUUCACGCGGGACACGAAUAAAGAUUUAUUUUUCAAACAAACAGGAAGUGCCUACGGAGGCCGAGCUGGCGGGGGGUAGAAAGGGCCGGACAUGAGGCCCGGUGGCUACGCUGGUACGGGUGGCGGCGGCGGCGAUGAGCGAUAUUGUGGAGAAGACGCUGACGGCGCUGCCCGGGCUCUUCCUGCAGAACCCGCCCGGCGGCGGGUCCACGGCAGCCAAGGCGUCGUUCUCCUCGCGGCUGGGAGGCCUCAUCCGCGGCAUUACCGCGCUCACUUCCAAGCACGAGGAAGAGAAGUUAAUCCAGCAGGAACUGAGUAGUCUGAAAGUGACUGUUUCUGCUCCUACUACAACACUGAAAAUGAUGAAGGAAUGUAUGGUGAGACUAAUAUAUUGUGAAAUGCUUGGCUAUGAUGCUUCCUUUGGCUAUAUACAUGCAAUCAAGUUGGCUCAACAAGGAAAUCUCUUCGAAAAGAGAGUAGGUUAUUUGGCUGUUUCUUUAUUUCUACAUGAAAAUCAUGAACUGCUGCUUCUCCUUGUGAAUACAGUUGUAAAGGACUUGCAGAGUACUAAUCUGGUAGAAGUAUGCAUGGCACUUACUAUCGUCAGCCAGAUCUUCCCUCGAGAAAUGAUUCCAGCUGUUCUUCCAUUAAUAGAAGAUAAACUGCAACAUUCUAAGGAAAUCAUACGAAGAAAAGCUGUUCUGGCACUAUACAAAUUCCAUCUCAUUGCUCCCAAUCAAGUACAGCAUAUUCAUAUUAAGUUUCGGAAAGCACUUUGUGACAGAGAUGUUGGAGUCAUGGCUGCUUCCUUGCACAUAUACCUUAGGAUGAUUAAGGAGAAUUCAUCUGGAUUUAAAGACUUGACUGGGAGUUUUGUGACAAUUUUGAAGCAAGUAGUUGGAGGAAAACUCCCUGUAGAUUUCAGUUAUCACAGUGUGCCAGCACCCUGGUUACAAAUUCAACUCCUAAGAAUACUAGCACUUCUAGGAAAAGAUGAUCAAAGGACAAGUGACUUAAUGUAUGACGUACUCGAUGAAUCCUUACGAAGAGCUGAGUUAAAUCACAAUGUCACUUACGCUAUUCUGUUUGAAUGUGUGCAUACAGUUUAUUCUAUUUAUCCGAAAUCAGAAUUACUUGAGAAGGCUGCCAAGUGCAUUGGAAAAUUUGUUCUGUCACCUAAAAUAAAUCUCAAAUAUUUGGGACUGAAGGCUCUUACCUAUGUUAUCCAACAGGAUCCCAGUCUGGCUCUUCAACACCAGAUGACAAUAAUUGAAUGCUUAGACCAUCCUGAUCCUAUUAUUAAAAGAGAGACUCUGGAACUUCUUUACAGAAUUACUAAUGCACAGAAUAUAACUGUUAUUGUCCAUAAAAUGCUUGAAUAUUUACAUCAGAGCAAAGAAGAAUAUAUCAUUGUCAAUUUGGUUGGCAAAAUAGCUGAGCUGGCUGAGAAAUAUGCUCCUGAUAACGCAUGGUUUAUUCAGACAAUGAAUGCUGUGUUUUCAGUGGGAGGAGAUCUAAUACAUCCUGAUAUUCCCAAUAACUUUCUGAGACUGCUAGCAGAAGGUUUUGAUGAUGAAACAGAAGAUCAACAACUGAGACUUUAUGCAGUUCAGUCUUAUCUCUCUUUACUAGAUGUGGAAAAUGUGUUCUAUCCACAGAAAUUUAUUCAAGUUAUGAGUUGGGUGUUGGGAGAGUAUUCCUACCUCUUAGAUAAGGACAUGCCAGAGGUGGUUAUAAACAAACUCUACAAGUUACUUAAGAAUAACUCCAUUUCUUCAGAAACGAAAGCCUGGUUAAUUGCUGCUCUGACCAAGUUGACACCCCAAGCACACUCUUCUAACAUGGUUGAGAAAUUAAUCCAGGAAUUUACUAUAUCUUUGGAUACUUGUAUGAGACAGCAUGCCUUUGAAUUAAAACAUUUACAUGAGAAUGUGGAACUUAUGAAGAGCUUGCUUCCAGUUGAUAAGAGUUGUGAAGACAUGGUGGUAGAUGCUUCCUUAUCUUUUCUGGAUAGUUUUGUGGCUGAAGGACUCAGUCAGGGGGCAGCACCUUACAAACCACACCACCAGCGCCAGGAGGAAAAGCUUUCUCAGGACAAGGUUCUCAAUUUUGAACCAUAUGGACUAUCCUUUUCUUCAUCUGUUUUCACUGGACGACAGUCUCCUGCUGGCAUUUCUCUUGGGUCAGAUGUAUCUGGGAAUAGUGCUGAGACAGGACUAAAAGAGACAAAUAGUUUGAAGCUGGAAGGUAUAAAGAAAUUGUGGGGAAAAGAAGGCUAUCUUCCCAAGAAGGAAAGCAAAAUUGAUGAAACUGAAGUUCAGGCUGUUCCUCAAGAGAUUGUAAUUAUGGAGAAUGUAGAUCAAACUGUAACAAAAAAGGAUAAAUCACAAGGCCUCACCCAAUCCAAAGAAGAGAAAGAAAAGCAGGUCCUGGCAUCAUCAUUAUUUGUUGGGCUAGGAUCAGAAAGUACAAUCAGUUUGCUGGGAAAAGCUGAUAACAUCUCUCAAAAAUUCAGAAAAAAGUCAAAAAUAAAGGAAAUCAAAAGUGGAGAAACAAGUGCUCAAAAUAUGACUUGUUCUUCCUUUAGUUCUUUGUCAAAUGCAACAUAUGAAGAAGAGUAUUAUUUGGAUACUUUGCAGAAUAGAGGAGACAAAGAAUUAAUAAAGAAAUUUUCUCUCAAUUCAGAACUUUUGGAUUCUGAGUCACUCACAGAAUUGCCCUUAGUUGAGAAACUCUCCAGUUGCAGUCUGUCUACCCCUUCUUUGUUUUCUGAUAAUAACAUGGAAAUAUUUCACCCAUCUCAGUCUACUGCAGCCUCAGUUGCCAAUGAAACAUCUUUAGUUUCUUUGUUGGAAGAUCCUACCGAACACUUGGAUUUAGAUCGUAAGGAGGUCUGUAAUAAUGAAACCAUAUCAGUGUCUUCUUACAAAAUUUGGAAAGAUGAUUGUUUAUUGGUGGUCUGGUCAGUUGUUAAUAAGAGUGGUUCAGAAUUGAAAAGUGCCAACUUAGAAAUUGCUCCUGCAGAAAAUUUCAAGAUCACUGAGCAACUUGGAUCCUGUUUACCUGUAAUAGAAGCAGAAAGCACCAAAAACUUUCAACAUAUUGUGCAGUUGGAAAAACCUUGUACAGAGGGCAUUCUUUCUGGUUUUGUAAAUUAUCAAAUGGUGGAUAAUCAUUCUGUUCAGCUGGAAUUUUCAGUAACCUUAUCACUGUUAGAUUUUAUUAGACCAUUAAAAAUUUCUACUGAAGACUUUGGCAAACUCUGGUUAUCAUUUGCAAAUGAUGUGAAGCAAAAUGUAAAAGUGCCUGACUCUCAAGCUGCUCUGCCUUCUGCCCUAAAGACCCUGCAACAGAAACUAAGACUUCAUGUUGUUGAUGUUAUAGGCAAUGAAGGGCUGUUGGCGUGUCAGCUGCUCCCAUCCAUUCCCUGCCUGCUGCAUUGCCGAGUUCGUGCUGAUGUAUUAGCCCUCUGGUUCAGAUCCUCCUGCUCUACUCUUCCUGACUAUUUACUGUAUCAAUGUCAAAAGGUGAUGGAGGGAUCCUAGCAGAAGCUGUGCUUACAUUUUACUCCAUCAAAAUAAAAGGUUUACAUAGAUAAAGUUUUUUACCAAAGUAAAAAGAACUCAUGGUACUUCUAAUGAAAAUGGGGAUUAUUAGGAAUUUUGUUUUGUGUUUUCUUUUAUGAUGCCUGGUCAGAAGAUCCCCAAGAAACUCUAUCCCUAACCUUUUACUCAGGAUUGUACAGUAUGUUUGGGUCCCAAAAAAGUGACCUAAGCUAAUGUUAUAAACUGCUAACGAUUUGUAUAUCACUUAGUAUAGAGGGACUGAAAAUAUUUAUUUUGUUAUAAAUAAUUUUCUAGCAAAUUUACUUUAGUGCUAGCUCAUUUGUAGUAAAGCCAAGUCUCAGUACUCUGCAUUAGUGGAUGAGGGACAUGAAAUUAAUUAUCCCAAACCUAAUUUUAUUUGGCUUUGGAAUGCAGUGUAUGCUUUUUUUGUGGGCCAGCCAACACUUUCAAUUAUGUUUUGAUUAGAUCAGUUUUGAACCAAGUUGGUCUAGCACACAUUAACUGUUGUAGUGUAUCCAUAAGCAUGCUGGAUGUUGGGUGGAACCAAUCUGUGUUAAAAUACUUUUUAUUAUAGAUAAUUUGUUACACAUAAUUCCAGAUGAUUUGACUAUAAAAUUUGUCUUCUUUUCCAGCUGCAUUUAUUUUUAAAUUUCAAAGAGAAUCACUGCAUUCUUAUUUUAAAAACUCAGAGCCAUUUAUAAAAUAUCAUAUAGAAACAAAACCCCUAAGAGCAUAGACAGUACCAAAGCAAACAGAUAUAAAAUGAGUUUUUAGUUAUGGCACACAUCUUAGUCAAUUACCGCUUAGGUCCUUUGGACAAUUUAAAUUUGGGAUUAGGGCUUAAAUGGCAAAACCAUCCUUCCUGGCCUUUCGAUCCACUAGGACUUAAUGGAUAUAGCCAAAGUGAUGACUGUCUAAGAAUACCGUUCAGAUUCUUCAGUAAAAUACGACAUUUUCAAGUUGUAAUAAUGUGCCUAUAUGGCCUCUGUGAACUAUUAUCAGUAAAGGAAAAGGUCCUAAUAUGAAUGCUGGACCAAAAUACAUUGAUGUUAAAAACUGAAAUAGUAUUUUAUAAAAUCUUAUGGUGCUGUGGAAAAUAUUUAUUAUGUCACUUUCUGGCAUUUCACCAUGGAGACCAUUCAGGUAAUACUGUUUCAAGUAAUUGCAGUUAAUAAUCUGGUUGAUUGGUACUGUUUACCACCUAGGGAAGGAAUGCUGGUUUUAGGUUGUCUCAUUAAUAUUUGUUAAAGAUGCUAAGAGGUUUCUCCAGAGUUGAAAAGUUUCAUUAGUCAUUUGUGUCUAGAAUAUUCCUCCCAAAACAAAAGCAGUAUUUUUUUUUAUUUUAUUCAUUUUUUAAAAAUGUAACAUCUUGUUACUUUCAUUCUUUUAAAAACAUGCAGUAGAACCUUGCUACAAGAACAAAAUGUAACUGGAAUUUCCUGCACAUAAUAGGUUUCUUCUUUUGAAUAGAAAAUCAGAUUCAUCAAGCUCCCAGCAAUGUUAUGGUGAAGGGAAUGUGUUGAUCAUGGGGCUGUGGUGGACAUUGGUGGGACACAGCUUCCUCUUUAUCCUUACUCUGUCAGCAGGACUUCCCCUCCCCUCUUUACCUGAUUCUGCUGUUACUCUGACAAAGAAAGAGGAAAUCCCCUCUCUGCAAAGGAAGGCAGCGUUGGGGCAAAGUUGGUGCUUCAACGUUUUAUGUCCUUACUUCCAUGUAUUUGUAUGGUCAUUGAGGCUGGGCGAGUGUGGAGCAGUGUGUAAGAUGCCCAGCAAACUGAUGGGUUGCUGUCCGGGAGAGAUUUACAACAAGUUAUUGCUGCUGCUUUGUUACAGGCUGUAUUUAUGAGUGACAAAAGCAGUUGUCAUGAGAGACAUGCUUGGCAAAUAGAGCUGUCUAAUGAGGGGAGAUGUGUAAUGGAAGGUUAAGGUUUGGGAGCAUAAUUUUGGGUCUGCCAAAGGGUAUGUGGUGUCAUUGUGUUCUUUCUAAACCCAGAAAAGCGGGGUAACAGGGUUUCUACUGAAAUGUUUAGUAGAAUAUUUAUGAUUUUUAUAUUUUAUGAUUUUAAAAAGCAAGUAAUAGAAAAGAAUAUAUUUUAAAGAACUUCAGAGCAGUUUAUAUUCUGCCUGAACUCACUGAAUUUUUUAAGUUCUAAAUCAGGCAUCACCAACUUUUUUGCAUAGUAGGGAAUAUGACUGUGAGGUAGAGAGAAUUUUUUGAGUGUAUAGACUCAUUCUCUUUACUUGAUAAUCAUAAUUUGUAUGUCAGGUAAAGGGGCAACAACUGGGGCAAGAGUUAUAGUGGGGAUGCUUAGCUGUCUUGAGUUCUGUGCCUGGCAUCUUGCUGAGAAUGGAGACGGUGGCAAGUGUGAAUCUGCAGGAGAAUAAAGAGAAACCUUUUGAGCAGGCAGAGGAAGAAGGGUUAGUCUCCCUGUGAAAUGGUCCCUGUGAGGAAAGACAGAUCAGAGGCUCAGGGGAAAGUGGGCCCAAGUAAAGGAUCCUGCUAGAGAAACUGCAGAUGGAAGCUGAGCAGUUACCAAGUGCUGAUGUGCCAAGCAUGCCAAGAACAGCGUAUGCUCUGCACAGGAGCAUUAUUUUAAACAGCACUCUCCUAUCAUGUAUCAAAACAAUUGUGGUAAAAGUGCAGUAUUUUUUUUCCUUUAUUUUAUUUCAUGUGAUUAAUAUUUUUAAUAUUGAGCUGUGUUAUAUUUUUAUGGGUAGAGGUGGUCUUUGUCUCAUGAUUAUAAGCCACUGAAAGUGCACUGAACCCUAUCCAUGUGGCUUUAAGGUGUUUUGCUGUGUUCAGAAUUUAGGAGGGAAAAAUGCAAGUGAAUAAUAAUAGGCAUUAAUUUCCUUAUUUUGGAGUUGAAUUCUGUAAUUUGAAAAAAUUCAAUUAAACAUGAUAAAUACGAA